UCCAUUAAGUUAAACCCCUUGCUGUAUUUUUGUCGCUAAACCCUGAAACGAGGUCGCCGCUCGCCGCCCGUCGCCCGUCGCCCGUCGCCCGUCGCCCUCCGCUCUUUUACCUCCCUCUCCCACCUUGUACUUGUUUUUCUGGAGGUAGACGAAGAAAGGUGAACGAUAAUGGGUAUAUUCGAACCAUUUCGAGCGCUCGGAUACAUAACAACUCAGGUUCCGUUCUCCGUGCAGCGGCUCGGGACUGAGACAUUCGUCACAGUCAGCGUUGGCAAAGCCUUUCAAGUUUACAACUGUGCUAAGCUGAGUCUGGUGCUCGUCGGUCCGCAACUGCCAAAGAAGAUACGAGCUUUGGCCUCUUAUCGUGACUACACAUUUGCAGCAUAUGGACAUAAUAUAGCUGUUUUUAAGCGUGCUCAUCUGGUGUCAACUUGGGAAAGCCAUAAUGCUAAGGUCAAUCAGUUGCUUCUUCUCGGUGAACGCAUCAUCAGCACCGAUGUUAAAGGCAACAUCUUUAUCUGGGCUUUUAAAGGAGUGACUGAGAAUCUUUCUCCAGUUGGUCACAUUUCACUAGGAAACAAGUUUACUCCAACCUGCAUAAUGCAUCCGGAUACUUAUCUUGAGCAGGUACUUCUUGGAAGUCAAGAAGGUUCUUUGCAACUAUGGGACAUUAGCACAAUGAAAAAAGUUAAUGAGUUCAAAGGAUGGAAUGCAGCCAUCUGCUGUUGUGUUUCUUCUCCAGCACUAGAUGUUGUUGCUGUUGGCUGUUCUGAUGGAAAGAUUCAUGUUCACAACAUUCUUCGUGAUAUUGAGAUUGUUAGUUUCACUCAUUCUACAAAAGAUCCUGUGACUGCAUUAUCUUUCAGCACAGAUGGGCAGCCUCUUUUAGCGUCUGGUGGUUCAUCUGGUGUCAUAACUAUAUGGAAUCUUGAGACGAAGAGAUUUCACUCUGUCAUUAAAGAGGCUCAUGAUUGCUCUGUAGUUUCUCUUCAUUUUUUUGCACGCGAGCCUGUGCUGAUGAGUUCAUCAGCAGACAACUCCAUAAAAAUGUGGAUUUUUGACACUAGUGAGGGGGAUCCUCCUCGUCUCCUACGUUUUAGAAGUGGGCAUAGUGCUCCUCCUCUGUGUAUCAGAUUCUAUGCCAAUGGAAGACACAUCCUUUCUGCUGGCCAGGAUCGUGCCUUUCGGCUGUUCUCCGUUAUACAGGAUCAGCAGAGUAGAGAACUUUCCCAACGUCAUGUAUCAAAAAGAGCAAAGAAUCUCAAAGUCAAGGAAGCAGAAAUAAAACUUAAGCCCGUAAUUGCAUUUGAUGUUGCUGAAAUCAGGGAGCGCGAUUGGUGCAAUGUAGUUACAUGCCACGUGGAUACUGCCCAAGCUUAUGUCUGGAGGCUUCAAAAUUUUGUGAUCGGCGAGCACAUUCUAUCACCACACCCAGAGGAUCCAACACCAGUUAAGGCCUGUGCGAUCAGUGCAUGUGGCAAUUUUGCAGUAUUAGGGACUGCAGGUGGUUGGAUUGAGCGAUUUAAUCUUCAAUCAGGAAUUAGUCGAGGCAGUUACCUGGAUAUGUCAGAAAGAAAACCCUGUGCUCAUGAUGGAGAAGUGGUUGGUGUUGCUUGUGACUCAACCAAUACCAUCAUGAUAAGUGCUGGUUCCUGUGGAGAUGUAAAAGUUUGGGAUUUUAAGGGACGUGAAUUAAAAUCCAGAUGGCAAAUAGAUUGUGCAUUAGUCAAGAUUGUAUAUCACCGGUACAAUGGUCUUCUGGCUACUGUAGCAGAUGAUUUAGUUAUUCGUUUGUUCGAUGUUGUUGCACUAAGAAUGGUUCGGAAAUUUGAAGGUCAUUCGGAUCGUAUAACAGAUGUAUGCUUUAGUGAGGAUGGAAAAUGGCUUUUGACAUCCAGCAUGGAUGGGACUCUCAGAAUUUGGGAUGUAAUCCUAGCUAGACAAAUAGAUGCUGUACAUGUUGAUGUGUCUGUGACCGCAUUGUCUCUAUCACCAAAUAUGGAUGUCUUAGCAACUACUCAUGUGGACCAGAAUGGGGUUAACCUGUGGGUUAAUCAGGGAAUGUUUUCCGCCCCUAGUAAAGCUGAUUCCUGUGGGACUGAGGAAGUUGUGAGCGUCAAUUUGCCCACUGUCUCCUCAGUGGAAAAAUCUUUAGCUAACAGUUUUGAGGAGGCUAAAGUAAACCCUGAAGAAGCCGAAGAUGCUCAUCACUUCCCAGUUUCAGAUCAACAAAUACCCGAUCUUGUCACACUUUCCCUGUUGCCCAAAAGUCAUUGGCAGAGCUUGAUCAAUUUGGAUAUUAUAAAAGCCAGGAACAAGCCAAUUGAGCCACCAAAAAAACCCGAGAAGGCUCCUUUUUUCUUGCCAUCAAUUCCAUCCCUCACAGGGGAGAUUUUGUUUAAACCUAGAGAACCUGCUGAAGAUGAAAAGGAUUCACAAGCUGGUGAAGAACAAAAGACAAGGCAAAAAGCUGAUUUUCCAGCAUCUCACUUCCUUCAAUUCCUUCAAUCCUCAGCAAAGGAUAAGAAUUUUGCAGCAUUUACGGAUUACAUUAAAGGUUUAUCUUCUUCAACACUGGAUAUGGAACUCAGAAUGCUUCAGAUUAUAGAUGAUGAAGAUGAGCAAGAGCCCGGCAAGAGACCGGAGCUGCAGUUCAUUGAACUUCUGAUGGAUUACUUUAUACAAGAGGUUUCAUGUAGAAACAAUUUUGAGUUUAUACAGGCAGUAAUUCGAUUAUUCUUAAAGAUUCAUGGUGAAAGCAUACGCCGCCAGCCAGUUUUACAGGAAAAAGCACGGAAGCUGCUUGAAGUUCAGUCUGCAGUAUGGCAAAAAAUAGAUAAGUUGUUUCAAAGUACAAGAUGUAUGGUCACAUUUCUCAGCAACACACAAUUUUGAGUUAUCACUUAUAUUUCCUUCUUGCUGUAUUUGGUAUCAUUUUUGUUUUUGAGCGUAAAUUUGUUGUACCCUUGUCUCUGAGAUUACAAAAUUUUGGUGAUUCAAUGGGAGGCAUGUUAUUCUUAUUAUAAUAAUAGUGAAAAUUUACGAGUUAUACUUUUCUUUCUGGGAUUCUGAAACUUAUCUAAUGUUCGCUAGCAUUGUAAUGUAUUCGAUUUGAAUCCCAAAUUCCCAAUAAAUGUCUCGUAUUUCUUCAUCAAAAUUAUUAAUUAAUGAUUGUUAAUUUGCUGGUGAUUGAUAUCCUAAUGUAGCAAUGCAUUUUCAUUGUAUCGAAAAAAAAAAGAAAAGGAAAAGAAACUAUUCUAUCUAAUCUCAGAAUGCCAAUCUUAUCUCGAAGACCUGAACAUAUUGCAGAAAAACAU